AUGGCGGACACGGCGCGCGCACUGAAGCGGCCGAAACGCGCGACGACGGACGCGCGUCACGCCGAUGCGGUCCCGUCUACUGAUGAACGCAUUGGAGAACUCGGUUUCUACCUCUCUCCGCUCCAGCCCGCGCUAGCGACUCACAACGUGCACGCCAAGAGCCUAAAAAACCUCCUGGAGGGACCGUUCUUUCAGUGCCUGCUGACCAAUUACAUGUUUGACCUGCCGUGGCUCUUCUCCGAGUGUCCGCGACUGAGGCAAGUGCCCGUGCUGCUGGUGCACGGCGAGAGAGAUCGACAUGGAAUGAUGAAAGAAUGUCGCGAGUAUACCAACGUAACGCCUGUGGCUCCACCGUUGCCGAUCCCGUACGGCACGCACCAUACCAAGAUGAUCGUGGCGCUGUACGCGGAGAAGGUGCGGGUCGCGAUCUUUACUGCCAACUUUUUACCAGACGACUGGCACUCCAAGACGCAGGGGGUGUGGUACCAGGAUUUUGGUCUGAAGGUGAUUGGGGAUUGUAACGAUGAAGAGGAGGAGGAACGAGCUGGUGUGAAAAACGCUGGUGGUGCUGAUUUUGGGGACAACUUGGUCCAUUAUUUAUCGUCUCUUGGCGGGCACGUUCGUUUGUUUUGCAACGAACUGCGGCGCUUUGAUUUCUCGACAGCGACGGUGGCAUUGGUCCCGUCAGUACCAGGAGUGCACAAAGGCAAAGACAUGGAGAAGUACGGGCAUCUCCGCGUGCGCAAUCUACUGAAGAUGUACAAAGUUCCUCAGACAGACAACCCGUUAGUUUGUCAGUUUUCAAGCCUAGGCUCUGUUGACGAAAAGUGGCUCUUCGGAGAGUUUGCAGAAAGCUUUUUGCCAGGGAAGAAGAAUGUAUCCCCGACGUCCAUGCCUGUUCAAGCACUUCAUAUAAUUUGGCCUUCAGUUAAGGAUGUGCAAAAUUCACUUGAAGGAUGGAAAGCAGGACGAUCCAUUCCGUGCCCGCUCAAAAACAUGAAACCUUUUUUGCACAAGUACCUUCGAAAAUGGUCUCCACCGCCAGCUUUUCACCGGCAAAAUGCGAUGCCGCACAUCAAGUCGUACGCUCGAUUCAAUCCAAGCGAAGAAGAAUCUGGAGAGCUGGAUUGGGCUAUCUUGACCAGCUCGAACUUGAGUAAAGCUGCGUGGGGCACGCUCCAGAAGAACAAGACGCAGUUCAUGAUCCGGUCGUAUGAGCUCGGCGUGAUGUUCCUACCACCGAUUAUAGGGCGCCUAAACUGCGAUGAAGCGCGGCCACGUCUUGUCACGAUGGGCAGUAGGGCUGCUGCUGCUACUGCAGUGUGGGGGAACUCAUCUACGAAGUUGAUGACACUGCCGUACGACUUCCCGUUGAUUUCCUAUGAUCCGAGAAAUGACGAGCCAUGGGUCUGGGACCUUGUGCGAGAGAGCCCAGAUAUCUUUGGAAAUGUCUACAUGCCGCGCUAG